CCAAUUUUUUUUUUUUAUAACCGACCGUCCAAAACAUUUAAGCCGACAAAAACAUCACCAACUCAUCAUUACCAAUGGGGAUUGAUGCUGUCAAAUGGCGAGGAAAAGGUUGCAGACUCAAAUACUGAGUAUUUAAAAGCGAAAGGGAGCCGAGCAUUCACCUAGCUCAGCAUCAGUGAACAUGGCUAUGGCUAACGAGUCGAAAACAGUACGCAGAAAUGGAGAGCUAAGCGAAUGAUAGCUAGAUGGUAGGAAGGCGUGACAGGCCGCAUCCUGAACUUGCACUUGGAUGUGUAGGAUUGGUCAUCUACACUACUAAUGUGAAAGGCAAUCAAAAAGAUUCGAUUGGGAAAUAAAAUCCAUCUCCCUCCGCUGCCCGGGAAACACAUAUUUUGACUCAUUGACAUCUGUCAAAAUACAAAGUGAGGAGAAGAAAACAUCAUCUCUUCCCAGAGAAUGAGUGAAUAAACUGAUGUGGAUGAAGGGAAACGAUGAUAUGGAUGAAAGCACUGUAACUGAAACAGCCAACCAACAGCUGUUGACUGAACUGCUCUCUAAUAAAGAUUGUUCUGUGCCAUAAAACACCAAGAGACCAACAACCAACAACAGACCAAAAACAUUUGCACACCAAAACAAGGCUUUUUCUCCCCAUGAAACUACAAAGUGUUUAAGACUAAAUAAAAUGGCACCAACCCAUCAAGAUAAAAAGAGAAUACGGUAUCCACUUUGAAAAGAACUGUAAGAACUGGUCGCGUUUGAGAAAAAAGACCCCCCCCCCCCCACUUUACACUAAAUAACCCCAUUCCCCACACACUUGCUCCCUCUCUUGUUGGAUGGAGAGUGGGGGCAGUGGGAGAUCGGGUGGAAGUAGCAGCAGCCGAAGUGCGCGAACAGGUGGGACCGGCAGUGUUAUUGGGCGGAGUUCGGGAUCGAGCCGAGGCGACUCAGGCAGUUCCAGGUCAAAUAGUGGCACUGCAGGAUCCCUCGGCCGAAGCUCAUCCGUUGGCGGCAGUGGUGGGAUCAUUGUCGCUGCUCCUGGUGCUGGAGGUGUGGCUCCUGCACCCCCAUGUGCCAGUGAGUGGGAGAUGUUCCAAUUUGGAAAAUACAAUUUGGACAUAAUAGAGAUGUUAAGCGGACACCAGGCCCAUCAGUUCAAAGGCCUUGGGUUAGAACGACAGCUACAGCAUCAGCAGCAGGUGCAGCUUCACCAGCACCAGCUCCAGCAGCAACAACAACAGCAGGCCGAGACAUCAGGAGCUCUCCUGUCUGGCCUAGGCCUUGGGUCCCUCCAAGGGGCCAGAACCAACGCCUUUUCCGAUUCUGCCUCUAUUUUCGCAAAAAUGAGCGCCCCUCCUCCUCCCCCUCUACAACAACAACCUUCUUCGUCCUCUCAUAGCUCAAGAUCCAAGUCAAGCAAGAUGAGUAGCAGCAGCUCAAGCCAUGUGUCGGGCUACCCACAGUUCCUGCGUUCCUUCCACCCGUCAGAGGCAGCUCUGGCACAGGAGCAACUGCAUUCUGGGGUCGGCCGCUUCGAGCACUUUUCUGGGGGUAGCAGUAGUGGGGGUGCUGGGGUGGGACUUGCCCCCCCUCCACCACCCCCUCUGCAUCCAGGCCUCUCUGUCCCCCAAGCAUCACCUGGCCCUUCAUCCUCUUCCCCCUCCCCCUCCAGUUCAGUGGUAACUAACAAUCCCUCUAGUAGCAGUGCAGUCACCUCUCUGGGACACCAGCUGGUUGGGGCCCAGUCUGAUGCACGGAGCCUUCAUCAGCAGUUCAGUUGCAUGCUAGCUGCUAAUCAGUACUUUCUCUCUGGGGUGCCUGCUAACGCUAGCUUAGAGCAGUUUCUGGUUCAACAGGGAACCCACAAUCAUCUGGGGAUAGGUUUAGCUCAGAGUGAGGGAUCUAGCUCAGGCCUUGCUCCGCCUCCAGCUCUGCAUUCCUCUCAUUCGCAUGGCCUCUCUACCGCUCAGCCACAGCAGCAGCCUCCACAGCAGCAGCAGCUGCCUCCCCAUACCCUGUCACACCCCCACUCGCACUCCCACCCUCACCACCCCCUACACCCAGGCUCCCAGCCCUCUUCCCUGGGUGGUUUUGACUUCCAGGGCAUCCCAGUGCUCUCCUCCAACCAGCUGGCCUCUCUGAUGCAGCAGGAAGCAGGCCUGCCGCUCCCCCUGCCUCUUCAUCUGUCCCUCUCCAAGGAUGACGGCAAGGGGGACAGCAGUGGGGGCGGAAGCAGCAGCAGUAGAAGGAAGAAAGCAAUGGCUGGCUACCUGCCACAGAGGAAGUCAGAUGGCGGUAGUAACAGCAGCAGCGGCCACAGCAGUGGGAACCCCAAUGCUAGCAGCAGUGCAGUGGGGCUGGGCCACGACCCCUCCCCAGGGCUGGUUGGGGGGGGGGGCGGAGGGGUUGGCAUGUCAGGUUUGGGAGGAGAUCCAUCCCUCCUUGCCUCUUCAUCAUCAUCAUCAUCAUCAGUUGUCUCAUCCUCCUCUUCCUCUGGUCCCUCCUCCACUGCAGCAUCAGUUCUGGUUACUAAUGGUUCUCACCUAUCCAAACCUGAUAACAUGGGCUCCAUGCCAUCUGCAUCUACACAGGCUGACACUGAGCCCCUCUAUAACUGUGGUGAAUGUGGCAAAACCUUCACUCACCUCUCCAGCCUUCGCAGGCACCUGCGUAUGCAUGAGUCUACGGCAGCAGGUACUAGCAAUAAUGUCAGCAUUAACCCAAACCCGACUCAUAUCCAACCACUAACUGACCCCAGUCUCCCACACUCCACCCAGGAACACUCCACCCAGGAUCUGAACUCUCAAUCUAACUCGCUGUCCUCCCAACAAUCAUCCAACUCAGUCCAGGCCUCAUCUUCCUGCCCCAGCCCUGACAAGACCUUCAAUUGCUCAGAUUGUGGCAAACAUUUCAAGAAAAAGGGGCACCUCCUCCAGCAUGGCGUCAUCCACUCAGAGGCUCGCCCGUAUGGCUGCAGCAUCUGCUCCCGGGCUUUCAACCGCCGUGAGUCGCUGACGCGACACGAGAAGAUUCACCAGGACAAGCCCUUCCGCUGUCCAGCCUGCGGUCGAUGCUUCCGUGAGAGUACCUCUCUACUCAACCAUGCUGCCUCUGGUACAUGCGGCAAGCCAGGCUACCAUGACGACCACCGUUCUCAAGGUAACCCGUCUCCGUGUUACUCUGGAGCCUCCCCCUGUGGCAGUGGGAUGGUGGGCCCGGCGCUGAGGAAGGCACCAUUGGCCCCGACGCUGCACCCCCACCCUCAGAGUCAAACCCAACAUCACCACCAGCAGCACCUCCCCCUGUCCUCUCUCCUGGAUGACUCUGAAGACGACGUCACCAGCUCUGUCAACAACGCCAUCUCAGCCAUCGCCGCUGCAGCUGCCGCCAACUGUGAUAUGAACAGUGGGAACAGAGGCGACGAUAGGAGGGAUAUCAUCGGAGGGCUGUUGGGGGGGCUGGACUUAGGCCCCUUGGGGUCCCCUUCAUCAACAUCUGGGAUGGAUAAGACCUAUAGAGGAGCAGGGAACCAGGAUGGUAUGAGUGGUAAUAUAAACCACAACCAACAGCAGGGGAAUGAUCCACAGAACCCUGCUGCCAAACCAAAACGUCCCCGGAAACCCAGAAAGCCCAAAGACCCCAACGCUCCCCCUAAACGCAGGCAGUACACCCCCAGAGCUCCCAGGGAGUCGAGCAACAUCCCGCGGCCAUAUCUGUGCAGUGUUUGCGGCAGGGGGUUUGCACGCCGCGAGACCCUGCGUAGGCACGACCGUGUCCAUACUGGGGAGAAGCCCCACCGCUGCAGCACAUGUGGGAAGCACUUCAGAGAGGCCUUCCACCUCACCAAGCACCACACCGUUCACUCUGGGGAGAAGAACUACAAGUGCAGCCUGUGUGGGAAAGAGUUUGGCUACUCCCAGAGCCUCAAGAGGCACGGGAAGCUCCAUCAGAAAGGGGAGCUGGAAGAGGUCCCCACAACACCAGGAGGGGAGAACCUCAACAACUUCAACACAAACCCGUCAUGUGGGAUGGGCCAAGAUAGGGAACAGAACCAAGGAAACAGCUCCUCCUCCUAUUAUUCAUACCCCCAAGAUGUCAAGCCUCAAGGCUCCAACAGCCAGCCCCCGCCCAGGCUCUACACCUGUGCCAUAUGCUGGAAGUCUUUCCGUCAUCACUUCCACCUGACGGCUCAUCACCAGACGGUCCAUGAGAACGGAGGUGAGAAGCUGUUCAGCUGCGAAGUUUGUGGGAAGGCCUUUGCCUACUCCAACAGCCUCACUCGACACAGGCUGUCGCAGCACGGCCUGGCCCGCACUGGCCCUGACAACGCACAAGGGGACGGCAGUGGGUCAGGGGUAAACAGUGCAGCUGGUGGUGGAGUGAGUGGGACUGCGUCAGAGAGCGAGGCAGCCACCAACGCCCUCCUUCAGAUGGCACCUUCCACUGAGGGCCACGGGGGGCAGCAGAGUCACAGUGUUGUCACCCACAGUCAUCAACAACAGCCACCUCAGCCCCCAGCUGGCUACUCCCCCCUUUUCUAUGAUGCUGGUACGGCCCACUCCUCAGCCUCCAGCGUCCCUCCCUACUCUCAGCCCCUGCCACCCAACUCCACAAUCAUGCCCCCUCAGCACCUGCAUUCCCCAGCAAGGGUGAAAGGGGAGCACAUUUACCCAGCUGGUUCCAGUAGUCACACCCUUCACACUACAGCUCCAUUCCAGCCCCUCACGGAGCUGCCAUCCGAACACCAUCACCACCACCACCACCAUUCUUCACAUCACCACCAGCGUUCAGAGCCACAGUCCCAGCAACCACACCACAGGAACAUCCAAUCACACGAUGACAUGAGGAGGCACAAGAAGAAGAGAAAGUCCGACAGGAGGGAGGGAAGGGGGGACAUGUGGGGGGAGUCCUCAGGCUUCGUCAGAGACGAGAGGAAAGACCAGAGGAAGAGGAGGUCUGUUUUGCAAAAACAGCUGAGGAAGAAAAAGCUUCUGUUGAAGAUUAGACGAGGGGGGGAUGCGGGAGAGGGAGGAUAUGAGCUGGUCACAACAAGAGGGAUGAAGAUACAAAUCCUGUCAUCUCUCAAAGUCCCAGUGAAACGUUUUGCCUGCUCCAUCUGUCCCCACGCCAUGUUCGCCCGCCAGGCCGGCCUGCUAGCCCACAGGGCAGCUAAACACACCCAGAGAGUCCUGUCCCCCCAGGAGCGUCUGUGCUGCGGUGUGUGUGGGAAGCAGUCUCACAGGCUCCUGGAAGCUUUCAUCCACCGGGCGACUCAUCGCGCCCGAGGGUCCUUCUCCUGCAGACGCUGCUCUGCUCGCUUCUGGAACGCCCCCCUCCUCCGCAGGCACAAGGUGACCUGCCGACAUCGGGCCAAAGGACUUCCACGAGGUGGCGCUAUCCGCCUGAAGUUGUCCAAGAGGGCGGGGGAGAGGAAGAGCAGAGAGGAGCAGGGGGAGAUGUCGCACCCCCUGCUUACAUUGUACAGAUACUGAGCUUGCUGACUUCUAAGGUAGUGGCAUUUAGAUUUUCAUUGAUAGGAAAGGGAGAGGUUAUCAGUUUUGGACUAUACAUAGAAGAAGAUGGACUUUAAAAAACAAAAGCCUUUGGGGGGGCGAUUGAAUUGGUCUGGUGUCUGUCUGGACCUCAUCAACUCAACUCACUGACUGUUAGAACGACUGUUUUAACAACAUGAACUACUGUAGAUCACCUGGAAUUCUUCCAUCCAACUGUAUGGGAGGAUGUUGAUAGACAUUACUGUUUUCAUAUGAUCAUUAACCCUUAAGUGCAUUGACACUAUGCUUGGCUGACACUGUGCAGUUACUAGACAUGUUUAGGUGAUUUGACCUGCUAAUUUAACUCUACCCCCUCAGCCUUACUAGCAUCCCUUCUAUACCCCUAGCUGUAUGAUAACUCUGUCUCUGCCGUGUACUAUGUCUUGUUGAUGUUCACCUAGAGCCCCUUUGGGGAUUUUUUAAUGUAAAAAGUGCAUUUAGUAGGAGUAGGGAGAGGGUGGGACACAGACUUCUGGUUGGUAGAGAGGCAGUCUGUCGGUGCAUGUGUGUUUUUUGGUCAGUUUGUUGCGGAGGUUGUGAACUCACUAUGUGAUGAUUUAAUUCAGUACAUCCAAAAAGGACGUGUUUUAAGCGUAAGUUAACAAAGUCCUGAAAAAUGUCCCCAGUGAUUUAAUCACGUCUUUAAAAAUACAUUUGAGAAUCUUAAUAGAUUGAAGUGAAUACCACUUCCAGACAAAAAAGUGUAUCUUACAAAAAGCCUUGCUAAUCAUGACUUUAUUUAAUUUUCAUGCCUGUGGAAACAAUUGUAGCUUUUAUACCAAGAUAUUGAGAUCAAGACAGGAUGAAAAAAGCUCACUGUAACGUAUAUUGUGUUAAUAUCUUAUCACUGCUGUUUUUCUCUUUUCACAAAGUACUUUAUUUAGCUUAUACUGUUCCUUCAUAGUAGCAAAACCAGUUAUGAUUACAUGUAUAAAUGUGUGUUUAACUCCAUCUGUCUACCUGCCAAACCUGGAUUCUAUCCUGUCCUCUUCUCUUAUGUUUUGCUGAGUUGCGAUCAUGUUCAUAACCCUGUCCGGCCUUGUUUUAUCUUCUAAAGAAAAAGAAUAGUUCGAAGUACAUUUCUAUCACUAUAUUUACUUAAAACAAAGAUAGUUGUUGAUUAUACUUCAGCAUUGAAUAAAACAUAAGUGUUCUCUGCUGUUCUUUUUCUCCAUGUAUCAUGUAAGGCUAAUGAUGAAGAACGGCAUAGUUACUGAUAACUAAUCAUGUGGGUAUUGACUCUAUAAUGAGAACAAUGUUACAAAUACCAAAAUCAGUGUAAUAGUUUUGUCCCAGAUAUAGUUAAAUAGCUGUGUGGGCCUGAUGGAUUUCAGGAUGUCAUCAUGGAUAUACAAAUACAUUUCAACUUAGCACAACUAUGGUUAUCCAACUAAUUGGCAGGUCAAUUCAAUUAAUGUUGUAUACUCAACCAGAAAUGCUUUUUUUUUUUGCUUUGCUUUCUUUCUAUGACCCCAAUUUGAAAUGGCCACAACUCACAACCACCCAAAAUAAAUAAAUAAUGGACAUCUACAGCC